AUGAGAUCAUGCAGGCUUGAAGGAAGAAUCCCAGAUUGGAUUUCGACACAGAAGACUCUUAAUCUCUUGGAUUUGAGUGAGAACAUGCUCCAAGGACCCUUCCCUCAGUGGCUAGCUGAGAUUGACCUGGGCGCCAUUGUCCUGUCUGAUAACAAGCUCACAGGUUCUCUUCCUCCGCGUCUGUUUGAAUCUCUGAGUUUAUCUGUACUUGCCUUAUCAAGGAACAACUUCUCUGGAGAAUUGCCAGAAAAUAUUGGGAAUGCCAAUUCUAUUAUAAUUCUCAUGUUGUCUAGUAACAACUUUUCUGGGCAGAUUCCAGCUUCCAUCUCUGAGAUUUAUCGCCUUAUUCUGCUAGAUUUUUCAGGAAAUAGAUUCUCAGGGAAAAUCCCAAUUUUUAAACCUGACGCAUUGCUAGCUUUCAUUGAUUUCUCAUCUAAUGAGUUCUCAGGUGAUGUUCCUGUGUCAUUUUCAGAAGAAACCAUGAUUCUUUCACUAGGAAACAAUAAGUUUUCCGGCAUAUUACCAAAAAACCUCACUAACUUGAGCAAGCUUCAACAUCUUGAUCUCCAUGACAAUAACAUUACAGGAAACUUGCCAUCUUCCCUCUCCCAAAUUUCCAAUCUUCAAGUCCUGAACUUACGCAACAACUCCUUGGAAGGCUCUAUUCCUGACACUAUUUCCAACCUCACAAGCCUUCGAAUUCUUGAUCUGUCAAACAACAACCUCAACGGAGAAAUCACUGUCAAGCUUGGAAAUCUACUAGGAAUGAUAGAAACACCCAAUACCUUCGCAUUAACUGAUCUAUUCAUCAUUCCCAUCGAGUUCAAAGACUUGGUUGUAAAUUGGAAGAACGCAAAGCGAGGUCUUUCAAGCCACAGCCUGGACAUCUACUCCUUGCUAGAUUUGUCAGAGAACCAACUUUCUGGCAAAAUCCCAUCUUCACUAGGUCACUUAAAGGGCCUAAAAAUAUUGAAUAUUUCAUAUAACCACAUAUCUGGCAAGAUACCUGAAACAUUUGGUGGUUUAAAGAGUGUAGAAAGCCUGGACUUGUCACACAACAGACUCUCAGGAACGAUUCCUGAGACCCUGUCGAAGUUGCAGGAACUUUCUACUCUGGACGUGAGCAACAACAAGCUGGAGGGUAAGAUUCCGGUGGGAGGCCAAAUGGAUACGAUGAAUGAUCCAAGCUAUUUUGCCAACAACAGUGGGUUGUGUGGUGUGCAAAUUAUGGUGGCAUGCUCACCGGAGCAGUCACCUCCACCUGUAGAGACACCAGAAGAGGAAGCAUGGUUUUCUUGGGCAGGAAUGGGGUUUGGAUAUGCUGUUGGGCUUUUAGCAACGGUGUUAGUAAUAGGUUUCACUAGAUUUGGUGAGAGGCUGCCGCCUCGAAAUCGCCCAGGCCGGCAUAGGAGGAGAAGAGUUUAGGAUUUGGCAUGAAAUGAUCUUUGUUAUCAUCAAAAGUCGGAAAUAUUUGCUAGCUAAUUUUAUUUCUUUUAGUAUAUCAUAUGUUCAGUGAGGUAGUCGAUCGAUAUUACAUAGUUCAUUUCUAAUUAAGUACUUCAAAUCAAGAGUGAGCUUGCAAUUGAUUUGAAGGCCUACUCAAAUAGAUUAGAACAUAACCAAGCCACUAUUUCAGAUGCUGCGGAGCUUGCAAAUUGCAAUAAAAACCAACCAAAUAAACAAUAGUAUAGGCAAGUAGAAAUAAUCACUCUAGCAAAUGAAGAUUUAGUUGAAAAGGUAAUAAAUAGCACGCCAAUAU